AAGCGUGAGAAAGAGUCGGCGCCGCAGCGAUCUGGUGGGUGACGGCGAUGCCCGGAGAGCGAGGCAACAUCGCGACCAUUGGCGGGACCCCACAGUAAAAGAGCUCCUCGCUUUGCCCUCCAAACUUCGCACUCCCAAACUUUCAGGGGAAAAGGAAGGAGAGCCUCGGGCUUUGAAGAAGAAAGCGGACGCCUUCUCCGUGCUUGUGUGGGGGAAGACUUAGGAAUAACGGUGCAUUUCUUGCGGACUCUCCAGUUUAGUCCGUCCAAGGCUUCGUAAGAUCAUCUAGCCGUGGCUGUGACGGGACAAUAUCAAACGCGGCUGCCUUACUGUUAAAUCAGUGCGGUGAAAAGCGCUCGCGUGGUUUUAGCCUCCGGCUGGCUCUUUAAAUCCCGCCUAUACCUGGUGAUUUCCUGGCCACUGAGAUGUUUUGAAUGCUGAAAUUUUCUUUCUAACAAUGAAUGAUUCACAAUCAUCAUCCUUGACUGCAAUGCCUAAUAUUACGUGUGAUGGAGAAAAAGAAAACGUAUUCUUUUCUGCCACCUUCAUGACUGUUGGGAUUUUAUCCAAUAGCCUUGCAAUAGUAAUUCUCAUGAAAGCAUAUAAGAGGUUUAAGCAGAAAUCAAAAGCAUUGUUUUUGUUUUUUGCCAGUAGCUUGGUUAUCACAGACAUGUUGGGCCAUCUCAUCGCUGGAACUAUUGCGGUAUUCGUAUAUGCAAAUGAAAACAUAAGGAAAGAAUUAUGUCAAUCAAAAAUAUUUUGCAAUUUUUUUGGUAACUGCAUGGUGUUUUUUGGACUUUAUCCUCUUUUUCUGGGCAGUGUGAUGGCUGUGGAACGCUGCAUUGGAGUGACAAAACCAAUAUUUCAUUCAACAAAAAUGACUUUUAACCAUGUAAAAAUAAUAUUUACAAUGGUGUGUCUUUUUGCUAUUUUCAUAGCUUUGCUGCCAAUACUGACAUCAAAGAAUUAUACGGUUCAAGCAUCAAAAACCUGGUGCUUCUAUCAAACAUCUGAUGUUAGUGAUUGGGAAGAUAGAUUUUACCUCUUACUUUUUUCAUGUUUGGGUUUUUUGGCCCUUGUUAUUUCACUUUUGUGCAAUGCCGUGACAGGAACGACACUUUUAAGAGUCAAAUUUAAAAGUCAACAUAGACAGGGCAGAUCUCAACAUUUUGAAAUGAUCAUUCAGCUCUUGGGUAUAAUGUGUGUCUCUUGCAUUUGCUGGACUCCUUUCCUGGUAAUCAUGGCUAUUAUUGGAAUAAGUGGAAAUACCUCCAAAAAAAUAGUAUCCUCUGAAACUAUAAUUUUUGCUCUUCGAAUGGCAACGUGGAAUCAAAUAUUGGAUCCAUGGGUAUAUAUUCUUUUGAGAAAAGCUGUUCUUCAAAAAUUGUAUGAGAUUGCUAGAAGAUUUUGUGGAGUACACCUCGUUCAUUUGUCUACAUGGGAACUCAGUUCCAUUAAAAAUUCUUUAAAAGUGGCAGCCGUUUCAGAUUCACCAAUUAGUUCCAAGCUGACAAAUCAACAAAUCAGUAUAAGAGUACCAUAAAGUGAAGCACAGAAAAUGAUGAAAGUAAAGGUUUAUAAUUGAAACCCAAGAAGUGGCUCCAAUUAUAGAUAGGUCUCAAUCUGGAAUUGCUAGUACAAGAUGCUUGACUUGUGAAUAUAAAGAAUUUUUUUUAUUGGACAUGCACAGCCAUAUCUAGUGUCAAAUACAGGUAGUUCUAGAUUUACAAGAGCUUGUUUAGUACUGUUCAAGUUACAGUGGCACUGAAAAAUAUGA